UUAAACCUCCCAUCUGGCUCAAGUGGGAGGAUGGAGUGAGACAGAGAGGUGAACAGAGUGGACACAGUCUCUUCACUGUUUAUUAAGACACUGCCAGUAAAUGCAUGUCAGACUAACAGAGAAGGUGUCAGGGCAUCUGACAAUAAACAGGAUUCAUUUUUAAAGGAGUACCAUCGUAUUCUUCAAAUAAGGAAGCUGUGUGCAAAGCUGUUGUGGAGUUUCCUGUUCAUUUGCGAUUUGCAGAUUAUCCUAUGGACUAAGGCAGACUGAGAGGAGGAAAAAAUGGAGAAGAGGAGGAAGGUUUCUCAGAAGUGCUGGCUGCUGCUGGCUCUGCUCCAAAUCACCACACCUUCCUCAGCUCAAAACAACGCCACCACCACCACCACCUCUAGCUCAACAAUGAACCCUGCACAUCUCAGUUACCUCACGCGACCAGCUGAUGUAACAGUGGCUGUGGGAGAACCUGCAGUGUUUCGCUGUGGAGUACCUGAAGCUUCACCAAACCUCACAUUCACUUUCUACGGGAGUCACGGCAACUACAGCCUCACCUGCCCUUACAGCCACAUGGAAGACAUCCCCCAGGCUCUUUAUGGAAGUUGCGAAAUGAAGAAAGGAGAGUCACUGGCUGUGUUGACCCUCAGGGGAACUUCCUUCUCCGACAACAGCACAAGAGUCGUAUGUCAGCAGUCAAAGAAUCCUGAUGCACCUGCUGCCGUCCUACAUGUUUAUGAUAACGGCAACAGCUUUUCCAUUCUCAUUGGCUGUGUCAUCGGGGGUUUCUUUGGCGUGCUGUUGGUGGCUGCUUUAUCAUAUGCCAUGCUGCAGAGAUCUGAGACACUCCAGAAAUGCUUCAGGGGAGAAGACACAGAGGAUGAUAUGACCACAAUAGUCACAAAGGACUAAAAGGAGACAGAAAGCUAGGUGUUGCUGAUGUUGCUUCUCAGAACAUAUCCAAUACUGUGCUCCACUCUUCUCCAUCUGACUCAGAACGGAAACAGAAAUGAACUCUUUAAUCCUUUGACCAGUCUGAGUGAAGUGAAACUGGACUGAAUGCUGGAGAUGAUGACGACGUCUGAAAUAUUUGAGUCAGAAUCCGGUCUCACCCUUGCUAUCCUCACUUCCUUAUUUGGCUCAGUAAUUGGACCAUAGACACAUUAGUCAUAGCCUACAGUGUAUUAUAUGGUGUUGAGCAUUUGAAACUAUGCAAACACACAAAUCAUUAAGUCAGGUCACUUUGUGCAGGGUCAUAUGCCAGUGUGUGCUGCCUUUAAGGUAUAUAUAUGAUAUACAAAAUCUGCUAUUGUCUUCUCUAAUGUGGCUAAAACAAUCCAGUGUGUGUGUGUGUGUGUGUGUGUGUGUGUGUGUGUGGGUGGAGGUGUAUUCCUGUUUACACAGUCACACUGUGAGGACCCAGCUUAUUCUCGUCUUACUGACAAAAUGCAAGUCCCCACAAUGUAAAUCAUUAAAUAUUAGAAUGAGGACUUGCUUUAAUGUUACAUUGAGGUUAGGGUUAGGUUAAGGUAAGGGUUGGUUCAGAAAUGUUAAAUUAAUUUCUUGUCCACAUGUAGUAAACAAUUAACAAUGUAAGUGUUUCUGGAGGCGUAAGUAGUCACUGUUAUGGUGUUAUGAAAGUGCUGAGUAACAGGCCACAAAAAGAUCGCCUGCAGACUCACAGCAGUAAAAUGAGGAAUAGAGUUGACUAAAGUGUUGACUUCUGUGUUGGCACAUUUGUUUUACAGCAUACAAUAAACCAACAAACUACAAAAUACUCCUAAUUUAUGUUUCUAUCAGAACAUGUUUUUGUCAAAUUAUUCAUUUAAAACAGUAAAAAGGAAAAUGUCCAUCCAUUAUUUGAGGAUUUAGGCAGUGAAGUGGGUUUGCUGACAUAAUGUUGUCAUGCGAAGUAUUGAAAUAAAUUGUCCAGAUGCUUUUGAUGUCUUUACGCAGUCAUUGUCUUUGCAUAAAGCCAAAGUACAGUAGCUCUAUAGUUACCAAAGACAUUUGUUUUCAUGCCGUUGUUGAUGUUUGCUGUUUAUGUAUUCAGUUGGCUUUUGAUUGUAUGAUUACAAUGAUUACACUUCC